AUGGUUUCCCUGGUCAAGACGUGCAAGACCAUUCGGCUUUCCAACAGGUUGGCGUGGAAGGACAUCAAAACCAAAGUGGAAGGCGUGAAGUUUAUCGAUGAGCGUAGGGCCAUCAUGGUCUUUCACAAGACGGCCAACAAGACCAUUACUCUUUUAGGGUCCGAUCACAUCGACGUGGUGAAGACAUGCUCUGUUCAUGUUGGUGCCGACGGCGACAACGGGAAUGGUGAUGACGAGGCGGCCACACUCCGUGCUGUCAUCAAAGCAUCGGGGAUGGCGACAACACAUAUCACCGCGUUGGCCCAUGACUUCAGCGUGUUUCGAGUUCACACCGAAAAGUGUCUAGAUGUAUUUCGCUUGCAUAGUUUGCUGGCUCGAGUGGGUGCGUCGGUUGUCAUGGAGCACGAGUUACACGACUCCCUGUUCAUCACGGACGACAGAGUUGUGUGGCGCAUUUCGGACACCGUUCCGCAGAAAGUACUGGCAUCAGUUGCCGGAGUAGCGGUGGCCGAGGCCGAGGGUCUUGUGAACAGAUCACGGAGAAAAAUGGGGUUGUUUUAA